AUGGCAGCGACGUCGGCUGGUCGGAAGCGCUUCGCUCAGCUGGCAGCAGAGUUCGUGGAGAGGUACGGCUUUGGAGGGCUGGACCUCGACUGGGAGUACCCAACGCAGCGCGAAGGUCGGCCCCAAGACAAGGACAACUUCGUGCUGCUGCUGAAGGAGCUGCGCGCUUCGCUCAGCGCCAAGGGGCUGGAGCUGUCGGUGGCCGUGGGCGCCGACCCCAACAUGCUGGGCGUCGCCUACGACGCCGCGGGCAUCGCCGAACAUGUGGAUCUGGUCAACCUGAUGGCGUUUGACUUUUACACGGCAGCCACUAGUAACAUCACAGCACCUAAUGCUCCUCUUGGGUCAAGUUUCGGAGCUUAUUCUGUGGUAAGCAGCCGCUCGAGAAUG